UCAAAUCUAGAGCUAUAUUAACAUUGAAGCCCUCGUUGCUUAUACUUGACAAUUCAAAAAUACAUCGCGCUACUCAAUAUCGAAUUAGUAAUUCAAUAGUCCACAUUUCUACCGUCCUCAAACACAAUGGCUGCUGCUGGAGGUCUUACUGGCGGUCACCCGCCCUCUGUUCGCUCUCGCAACAUUGCCAUCUUCAGUGUGAUCGGAAUGAUCGCUGGUGGUUGGAUGUUCUUCCGCGCGCAGUCGCCCAGCAAGGAAGAGAAGCUAUAUUCGCAAAAGGACAUCAAUACCAUGGUUGGCGGGCAGACGGGCGAGAACAGAGUCGGUCGUGCACCGAGCCAUCAAAAGAAGGAUUGAUUUAACGUGUGGAAAGGGUAUGUCUGAUCAAGGGGUGUAUUAUUAUAAUUGAAGGACAUGAUGGAGGCGUCUGGUGUUGUGAGCUUGGAUUGUGUGCAUAUCAGUUGUUAUCUUUGAUUGUUAAUCCCGGAAUUUACUAUCAUGGUAAUGUCAUGAAAUCAAUG